AUCACUUCAUUAUCUUGAGAUGUAAUAAGUACUAACAUCCUUGGUUUGCUUUGCAGGCCUUGCUGCCCAUUAAACAGAUGUUUCAGGGUUCACUCAAAGUCAGGAGCUUUGUUCUGCUCAUCGUUUUCUUCUGCAUCUCCUUCGGUUACUACGGGCUGUGGAUGUGGUUCCCCGAGCUGUUUGCGAGACUUGAAAGCGGCGGCUCCCCCUGCAGGAACAUGUCGCUUCCACGUCCAAUGCAAAACCAAAGCUGUUAUCCGGUAAAGACAGCAGUGUACAUGGAGGGCUUCAUCAUCGCUGCGUCAAACUUACCAGGAAACCUCUUCACCAUUCUGAUGAUGGAGAGCACAGGAGGAAAGGUUCUGCUCUCCUGCAGCUUGCUGGUUUCCAGUCUGAGCGUCUUCCUCAUCUAUGUGGUCCAGACCAAGUACCAGAGUCUGAUCCUGUCCUGUGUCUUCAGUGGCGUGUCAGUGGUGGCCUGGAACGCUCUGGACGUGGUGGGAACAGAGCUCUACCCCACACAUCUACGGUCCUCUGCUCUUGGCUUCUUCACCGGAGUGGGCAGGGUGGCGGCAAUCAUGGGUAACAUAGUCUUCGGAAAGCUGGUGGACACAAACUGUUCCGUGCCGAUCCUGCUGGUGUCAGCGAUGCUUCUGACCGGAGGGCUGGUGGCUCUGCUGCUCCCGAAAACCAAGCAGAUGGAUCUCACCUGAUCGCUCUGACUCCGAAUCAGAGCAAAUGAGCUGGAUAAAUUAUUAGGUCCUCUUCUAGUGUCCUCAUGGAAGCAGACUGGAGGACUGCUGCCUUCACACGGCCUGUUUCUGCUCCAAGCUGUGCCUUCUGUCAUCUCUCCGUACCUUUUUGACGGUGCCUUAUUUAGAGUUGUCAAAAGGCAGCUGACUCUCUCUCCAGCUUCAAUUUCUCACUCAGAAGCGUAACGAGAAAAGGAAAUGCAGUCGUACUAUCAUUUUUUAUAUGUUGAGCAUAUGAGGAUUGAAAACCUCGGCAUAAGCAGCAAGUCGCAGCUUCACACAUCACAGACAUCUUUGUAAAGAUCGUCAGCAAGUGCAAUUAUAAUUCUUCUGUACUUCAAGUUAGUACAGUAAACGGUGUAGAGCUGGUAAACGGUGUAGAGCCGGUGUAGAGCCUUUAUCAUUCAACAACUCUCCUGUAUCUUCUGUUUUUCUCUAUUAUUUAAACUCCAGCAGCAACUCAAGAUUAUUUUCAUAAUCAGUGUAGCUGCUGUUUCUUUUGGCAAUAAAUUGACUGUUUCAUCUUUUACAUUAAACUAUUAAGAAAAUCACAACUA